AUGCUGUUGAUUCAACCUCUGAAAAUCGAUGAUAUUAAUAUUGUCAUCAAAGAUAUUGAUGAUGAAGAUGACCAGCCACAACCACAGCUAUCUCAACAUCCCAUACAAUUGCAACCAUUCUCACAACCACAGCCACAGCAUCCUGCAUUACUAUCACCCAUCGAUGUCAUCGAUGAUGACGAAUUAUUGGCUAUUUUGGGCUUGCCAGCAUCUGCGUCAAGCAGUGCCGCCUCUACCACCGUUAACUCACCUGUCAAUGAGUUAUCUCUACUGGAUUGGAACGAUAUGCCGGAAUUAUCAGAAGGCGAAGAAGAAUAUCUUGUUAAACCUCAUUCUACAGCAAACAAGCGAAAGUUUGAGGAUGACAUCUUUGCUGAAUAUGACUUCGAAGAAGCCAAUCCAUUCACAAAAAAAAUGUGUCAGCACCAACUGCAAGUCCACCUCAAUUGA